AUGCUGGGAUGCGUCGCCCUGUUCAUGGGCAUUGGAAAAGAAGAGAAACCCUCUGAGUCCACAACAAGCCCACCGAAGUCGCCAUCUACUUCAACCGAGUCAGCUGAGGAAGUCGCUGAGCGCGAAGAUACUAGACUAUGGCAUGCCAAUGAUCGCAAAUAUCUGUCACUACAAGACAUCUCCAUUGGAUUCAACGAGCUCUUGCUCCGGGUCUCUAAAUCCGACGUUAGCUUGACCAGUGAGUAA